AUGCCUUCCAUUCUGCAGAAACUUGAAGUUGAGCAUGACAAUGGCUUGUCUAACAAUGAGCUCUUCCUCACCAACCAUGACUUGAAGAUCGUCGAGCCUGAGCGUCGCCAAUGGAGCGCCUUCAACUUUGUGGGCUUCUGGAUUGCCGACUCGUUCAACAUCAACACCUGGAUGAUUGCUGCUUCUUCUCUUGACGUCGGGCUGUCAUGGUGGCAGGCUUGGAUUUGCGUCUGGGUUGGCUACACUAUCUCUGCUUUCUUCAUUUGCUUGACUGGCCGCGUCGGUGCUGUCUACCACAUUUCCUUUCCUGUCAUGAACCGAUCUUCAUUCGGUAUCUACGGUUCAUUGUGGCCCGUCCUGAACAGAGCACUGAUGGCGUGCAUCUGGUAUGGUGUUCAAGGUUGGAUCGGCGGCGAGUGCGUCUACCUCAUGAUUCUCGCCAUCUGGCCAUCUUUCGGCACCCGUCCUUCCUUGACAAAAGAGAUUGCCCUCGGCGGCACCGUCAACUAUCUUAUCGGCUUCAUCCUCUUCUGGGCCGGCUCGCUUCCCUUCAUCUGGUUCCCCGUCCACAAAGUCCGCCAUCUCUUCACCGUCAAGGCCGUCGUCGCACCUACAGCCGGAAUCGCUUUCCUCGUCUGGGCUCUUGUCAGAGCGGGAGGUGCAGGAGAAAUUAUCAAUCAGCCUGCCAAGGUCAAGGGAUCGAAGCUCGCUUGGGCCAUCAUUACUGGCAUCAUGUCUUCCGUGUCCAACUUCGCCACCCUUAUCGUCAAUGAUCCUGAUUUCUCUCGUUUUGCAAGCAAGCCUAGCGAUGCUUUGUUACCUCAGUUCAUCACCAUUCCUCUUGGCUUCGGCCUUACCUCUCUUAUCGGUAUUCUCGUCGGCUCUGCUUCCGCAGUCAUCUAUCCCGAGCUCGGUGCCGUAUGGAACCCUCUACAACUCCUCAAUGCCUUCAUUACUGAAGAUGGCCAUGGCAGCGCUGGCGCAAGAGCUGGAGUCUUCCUCAUCGCCGCUGCCUUUGUGGUCGCUCAACUCGGUACAAACAUCGCUGCCAACUCCAUCUCUGCCGGUACAGAUUUGACAGCCUUGCUUCCUCGCUACAUCAACAUCCGCCGUGGUGGGUACAUCUGCGCCGUCAUUGGUAUCGUCAUCUGUCCCUGGCAAUUUGUCGCUGGCUCUAGUACCUUCACUACUUACCUCUCUGCUUACUCGGUUUUCUUGUCUGCUAUCGCUGGACCCAUGAUUAUCGACUACUACUGCGUCAGAAAGGGAUACCUCCAAGCUCGCGACCUUUACUCCGCUGAUGUCAAUGGUCCUUACUAUGGUCGCCUUGGCAUUCAAUGGCGUGGUUACGUGGCUUACAUCUGCGGUAUCCUCAUCAAUGUUGUUGGUUUCGCCGGCGCUUGUGGAGCUUCCGUGCCCAUCGGUGCAACUUAUAUCUAUCGUCUCAAUUUCUUCACAGGUUUCUUGGUCUCUGGUGGUGUGUAUUGGGCUCUUUGCACUGUUUGGCCUGUUGCAGCGCCUAAUCCUGUGGGAAGCUGGUUGGAGGCUCCUGAGCCUGAUGAGGAGGAUUUGGCAAAUGUGGUUAGUCAUGGCAAGGAAGUCGAUGUGUUCUCUAGUGGGAUGGAUGUUGAGCAAGGGGGUUUCUUUAGGAAGAAGAUGGAUGCCAUUACGAAGGCUUUGUAG